UGAUCCUGAGUAAUUCAGCAAAGCAAGUCUUCAUCAUGCAGACCCUGGUUGUUUUCUUCGGCCUUCUCUCCACCGCCUUCGCGGGCAACCUCGGCUACGGUCUUGGCGCUGUGGCUGCCCCAGCUGUCCAUGCCGUCGCCGCUCCAGCUGUCCACGCUGUUGCUGCCCCAGCUGUGAGCUACGCUCGCUACGCCGCUCCAGUUGUCCACCACGCCGUCGCUGCCCCAGCUGUCCAUGCCGUUGCUGCCCCAGCUGUCCACGCUGUUGCUGCCCCAGCUGUGAGCUACGCUCGCUACGGUCUUGGAUAUGGCUACGGCGGUCUCGGCUAUGGAUAUGGCGGUCUCGGCGCCCGCUACGCCGUCGCUGCCCCAGCUGUCCAUGCUGUUGCUGCCCCAGCUGUCCACGCUGUUGCUGCCCCAGCUGUGAGCUACGCUCGCUACGCUGCUCCAGUCGUCCACCACGCUGUCGCUGCCCCAGCUGUCCACGCUGUUGCUGCCCCAGCUGUGAGCUACGCUCGCUACGCUGCUCCAGUCGUCCACCACGCUGUCGCUGCCCCCGCUGUCCACGCUGUUGCUGCCCCAGCUGUUGUUGCUCGCCCAGCUGUGAGCUAUGCUCGUUAUGGUCUCGGCUAUGGAUACGGUGGUCUCGGCUACGGAUACGGUGGUCUCGGCUACGGAUACGGUGGUCUCGGCUACGGAUACAGUGGUCUCGGAGCUCGUUACGCUGUCGCUGCCCCAGCCGCUGCCGUUGUUGCCCAUGCCCCAGCUGUUGCCACCGUUGCACAUGCCCCAGCUGUUGCCACCGUUGCACAUGCCCCAGUCGUCAGCCACGCUGUCGCUGCCCCAGCCGUCACCUACGGACACGGUCUCGGCUAUGGUCUUGGCUACGGCCACGGUCUGACCUAUGGUCUUGGCUAUGGAGGUCUUGGCUACGGUCUUGGCCACGGUUACGGCCUUGGCGGAUACAGCUAUGGUCUCGGUGCCCACUACUAUGGCCUCCGCAAGAAAUAGAGUGCCACACAAAGGAGACACAUUCCAUCCAAAGUGCAUGGAUUGAGACGUGCAAACAAGACGUCAUCAGUUCGUGGAACCUGUACAGACAUAAAGUCAAUAAACUAUUUAUGGACGCAGA